UCACUGAUGCUCACUUUCUUUAUUUUGCCUUUUUUUUUUUUUUUUACAAGCUGAAUCUGAUGCUCAGAAAUUGAGCUUUCUCCAGCUGCCAAGAUGGUAAUAAACGUCUGUCUCCCACAGUUCAAGCCAAGAAUUCACUGCAACAAGAUUUCUGCUGACGGUUACGAAGUGGAGAAUCUGAUCUCCGAAGACCUUGCCAAGAGAAAUCGUGGUUUCCGCAGCGAAUACUUUAUCAAACCUCCAGUCCACGUCACAAUCUCUUUUCCCUUCAACAUUGAGAUCUGCAGGAUCAAUAUCGACAUCUCAUCCGGGGGAUACCAAACCUUCUCCGGGCUCGAAGUUUACACCUCUACCUCAUGCAAUAAAACCUCUUGGCAGAGCCCUGAGGGUCAGUUCUCAGGUCUGGCUGGUCAGCCUGUGUCGGACAAAGACACUUUCACGCUGGUGGGCAAAGCUGUCUUAAAAAAUCAAAGCAAAGUGACGUUCGGCCACAGAGGCUUCAAGCCGAGGCCUCCCUUCCAUCAGAUGGAAAAUGUCUUCUCCUACCCUGGCUCUGCAUCUCAAGACCUCUGGAACAAAGGGCCUGCCUCGCUGAGCAAUGUGUCGCACUUAAAAAUCUGCAUCACCCACGUGGCCGGAGGCGGCCUGCCUUGCAUUAAGAGGCUGGAGGUGUGGGGACAGCCUGCCAAAUCAUGCCCGCAGGAGGUGAUCGAGGGUGUCUUUCAGGUGGCCUCCCAGUUCUUCGCCCAGGACAUCGGGAGCCUCAAACCAGAGCUCUGGACGCCGAUGGAGAGCGACUGUGUGCCCUUCAGUGCCAACGACAGCGAGCAGCAGACCCUCCGCAAGCUGGUGGAUGUCGUCCAAGACAUCCCUGAAGAAUUCCUGGACCCCAUCACUCUGGAGAUCAUGACCUUCCCCAUGCUCCUGCCCUCCGGGAAGGUGAUCGACCAGACCACCUUGGAAAAAUGCAACCGGAGUGAGGCGUCUUGGGGCAGGGUACCCAGCGAUCCUUUCACUGGGGUGGCCUUCAGCCAGCACUCGCAGCCCCUACCUCACCCUACCCUCAAGGCCAGGAUAGACCACUUCCUCUUACAGCACAGCAUCCCAGGCACCAACCUGCUCGGGAGGGCCCAUGCCUCGGAAAUGCUCGUACCUUCUUCCGUAACAAUGUCUUCUCUGAAGAGGAAAAUGGACUGUAUGGAUCAGAGCUCCAUGCAGCCACCUUAUUUUUCUUCUACAAACUUACUUGUCACGUCUACCUCAGAGAACAGUGCUAAAAAAAUGAAAACUGACAAUGACUCGCAUUUGAUCCAAAUGGACUGUUCGACAGAUCUGGUCUCUCACGAACAGAAGCUGUCGGAGAGUUUGGACACUGCCUUGACCUCGGCGCUCAGCUCGAUGCCCUCGUUUACGGCCAAGCUGAUGAAGAGCCAGCAGCAGGCGCCGAGCGAGGGAGGCUGCAGCAGCUCGUGGAGCACGAGCACCGUCCUCGAGCACGGCAGGAGCAGCCAGACCCAAGGAUGCUCUUCCUGCAGCAAAACCUUCUCCUCGUAUUUCAAAACGGAGCCCGUUUACCAGCUUUCCUGCGGCCACCUCAUGUGUCGCCCGUGCUUGGCCGAGAAGCAGAAGUCUCUAUCGUCGAUACUGUGCGGGAGUUGUAAAAGAUCGGCUGCCACGCACGACGUCAGGAGGGUUCACUUCUGA